CCGAUCUCUCUAUCUCUCCCAACCCAAACCCUAACCCUCGAAUCGAAGCAACCAGCCGGCGGCCAUGGGGCAGGGUUCUCCAGGCGGCAUGGGCAAGCAGGGCGGUCUCCCCGGUGACCGCAAGCCGGGCGACGGUGCCGCCGGCGACAAGAAGGACAAGAAGUUCGAGCCCCCCGCCGCACCGUCGCGCGUGGGGCGCAAGCAGCGGAAACAGAGGGGGCCCGAGGCGGCGGCGCGGCUGCCCCCCGUGGCGCCGCUCUCCAAGUGCCGCCUCCGCCUUCUCAAGCUGGACCGCGUCAAGGACUACCUUCUCAUGGAGGAGGAGUUCGUCGCGAGCCAGGAGCGGCUGCGCCCCAGCGAAGACAAGACGGAGGAGGACCGAUCUAAGGUCGACGACCUCCGCGGCACCCCUAUGAGCGUUGGCUCGCUCGAGGAGAUCAUCGACGAGAGCCACGCGAUCGUCUCGUCGUCCGUUGGGCCUGAGUACUAUGUCAGCGUACUGUCGUUCGUCGACAAGGACCAGCUGGAGCCGGGAUGCUCCAUACUGAUGCAUAACAAGGUUCUCUCGGUGGUUGGAAUUUUGCAAGAUGAAGUCGAUCCUAUGGUUUCUGUCAUGAAAGUUGAGAAGGCACCUUUGGAGUCUUAUGCUGACAUUGGUGGAUUGGAUGCCCAAAUUCAAGAGAUCAAAGAGGCAGUGGAACUUCCGUUGACACAUCCUGAGCUAUAUGAGGACAUUGGGAUCAGGCCUCCGAAGGGAGUCAUUCUAUAUGGGGAACCUGGAACAGGGAAAACUCUACUUGCAAAGGCUGUUGCCAAUUCUACAUCAGCAACAUUCUUGCGUGUUGUUGGGAGUGAGUUGAUCCAGAAGUACCUUGGUGACGGCCCCAAGCUUGUAAGAGAACUGUUUAGGGUGGCUGAUGAUCUGUCUCCUUCAAUUGUCUUUAUUGAUGAGAUUGAUGCAGUUGGAACAAAGAGGUAUGAUGCUCAUUCAGGUGGUGAGCGUGAGAUUCAGAGAACCAUGUUGGAGUUGUUAAAUCAGCUCGAUGGUUUUGAUUCAAGAGGAGAUGUGAAGGUUAUUCUAGCGACAAACCGCAUUGAGAGCCUUGACCCAGCCUUGCUUCGACCAGGCCGAAUAGACAGAAAGAUUGAAUUUCCCUUGCCAGAUAUUAAAACACGACGGCGUAUCUUUCAGAUACACACUGCCAAGAUGACAUUGGCAGAAGAUGUGAACCUGGAAGAGUUUGUGAUGACCAAAGAUGAGUUUUCUGGUGCUGAUAUCAAAGCCAUUUGUACUGAAGCUGGAUUGCUUGCCUUGAGAGAGCGCAGGAUGAAGGUGACACAUGCUGACUUCAAGAAGGCCAAGGAGAAGGUAAUGUUCAAGAAGAAGGAAGGUGUACCGGAGGGGUUGUACAUGUGAGACUGUUCACACCUGUCGCCGCCAGCAUUACCUCCGGGUUCGCAUGGUAGUCUAAUACUGGAGGAUUGGAGUUUGUGUUUUGUUUAAAAUGGUCGGAGUAUUACUUGCCUCUACCUACGUUUUAUUCAGCAAUCCCCAACUUAAAACAGCCCUCCUCUACUGCGACCACCUGAAAUGCAGUGAUGAAUCAAGUUAAUAGUGGUUAAAUGGUGCUCUGCUAGUUUGGUCGGAAGGCACAUUUUGUGUUUGUAAAAUAUUGAAUUCCCAUGGCUUGAAAUGAACCAUUGAUUGAUUUUUCUUA